AUGAAGUCGUUUUCGAGUUCUGCGAUUAACAAAUCGGGCAAAAAGUUUGCCCCUAAGGCGCCGGCCCGCCGAGCCGCGCCGGGACCUGCUCCUGCGCGUAGGCCUAGUGCAGUCUCACAUUCACAGACUCAGUCUGCAAAGGCUUCUCAAGAGAGAGAUGCCACCGAGCAAGCCCGGCGGCCCUCUGCAACUUCCGCGAUUUCAGUGGAGCCGGAGCUGAACGACGAUGCGCCAGUCGCGGUGUCAGCUUCUCAGGAACCUGCCACAGCAAUUUCGAUUCCUCACCCCAAGCGCAAACCCUCUAUCUCUACACCUGCCAUCCAGCAAUCGACCGCACCUGUACGCGCACCUUCUCUUACACCCGACAUUCCCACCUCCCCCCGCACCGUGAUCGCCGAGCCGCCAAUUGUGCCGUCAAUUGAACAUGAAAUUGAGCAACUUGCACCGGCACUGCAGGAAGUCGCGCAACCUAGUGAAGAUAUUAGAACCGAAGAGCCAUCCUCUCGCGCACAAAGAGCUGCACCCCAAAACGCUUCUGCCGCGCCUCUUCGCAUUCGACAGGUCACCUAUGCGAAGAAAACAUCAGAGAUCACCAAGGGCCGUGGGAAGGCAUCUACGCUCGCCACUCCUCCUUCCUCCCAGGGAGUUAUACCUACAACCGAAGGUGCAAGUGAGACACCUGCACUCUCAUUGACCCCGUCCACCCCAGAUCCUAGCCAAGCGACUGCUAAGGGGAAGCGAAAGGUAUCCAAAGCCGGCACCGAUGCUGAUGGAUCCGAGAAGGCGAAAAAAGUUAGGCGCCGGAAGCGCGAACCUACUCCUGAUGGUGCGGAGCGUGUGGAGAUUUUGCCCAAUGUCGUCAAAAUGUCGGAGUUGUGCAAAGAUUUGAAGACCGGAAGGAAGUCGAAGCGUGAGACCGAACUGCGCAAACUGGAAAUUGAGGAACAGGAGCGGAAAUGGAAGGCACAGGAAGAAAGCACAACUGGCACGCCCGUCAAGAAGACCGCCGAACCCGAGAACAACCCGGAAGAUCGCCUUCCUCCUCCCAAACACCAGGCCGGUCCAGUCAUGCGCAUUGUCAACGGCGAGAUUGUCCUCGAUACGGCAUCGCUCGAGGUGGAUCGUCACGCAGAUGCCGCACGAAGCGCCGGAGAUCUUGAGGAUGUGGUUGAGAACCAACUCACGCGCAAGAUCAAUCAAGCCACAUACGGGAAGCGUUCCAAGACCGAGACCUGGGAUGAGGAGUUGACCGAUCUCUUCUACCGCGGACUGCGCAUGUUCGGUACCGAUUUCAUGGUUAUCAGCAAACUGUUCCCUGGACGAUCCCGACGACAGAUCAAAUUGAAGUUCAACAAUGAAGAGCGCCGCGAUCCCCAACGUAUUAAGGAUACUUUGCUUGGCCCUCGCGAAACCAUCGAUAUCAAGACCUAUUCGGAGAUGACCCAACAGACUUUCGACGACCCGAAGGUCAUCCAGCGAGAACUCGAUGAUGAGAAGAAACGCAUUGAGGACGAGCACGAAAAAGAAAAGCAGCUUCAGGAAGAACUAAUGCGCAAUCCCACUGGCACGGGCAAGGACGAGAAUGCCGAAGGCGACAAACCGCCUACCAAGGCCAAGGGACGCGGCAAGAAAGGCAAGGCUCAGAGUGGAGGCACAGAAGAAGUACUGGGCUCUAUCGACGAUAUUCCGAUGGCCUAG